UUAAAUAAUACGGCAGGAGAUGCAGAAGAUGGUUACAGGUACGUCCUUCUUUUCAUUACUGUGUUUAUGCAGUUGGCUUUCAUCCGACGGAGGCUAUGAUUGCUUACAAUUAGAAGCAAGAAGAGAAGAACACAGGUGUGCUCUUUUCAGUUACAGAGGAAAUUUCGUAAAAAGAAAAUCGCUUGGGUUCUUGAAAGGCCACAGUUCUGGUUCAAGCAUAUGGUUUUGAGCCAUUACGAAAAUAAUAUCUGGUGAGAACAUUUCCGUAUUUCAAGGCAAACCUUUUGGUUUGUUUGCGAUUUUGGUUAGACCACAUCUAACAAGACAAGAUACAAACAUGCGAAGAGCAAUUCCAGUGGAGAAGAUAGUAGCUGUUGCCUUCUGGCACCUCGCAACCAGAAAUUCAUACUGCAGCAUGGGACUUGUUUUUGGAAUUGUAAGAUGCACUGGAAUGAAUUUAAAAGACAAAUUUUGUUCAGCGCUUCUAAUGAGUGCUAAUGUUUUUAUGAAGUUCCCAAAAGGAGAAGCUGAAACGAGAAGAGCAAUUCAGGCAUUCCAAGAGAUAAGUUGUUUUCCCCAAGAGGUUGGUGCCAUUGACAGAUAACAUAUACUGAUUAUUGCGCCAAAAAACGACCCUUAUGACUAUUACAAUAGGAAGCAGUUCCAUAGUAUAGUUCCACAAGGUGUAGCUGAUGCAGAAGGACAUUUUAUACAUCUGAGCACUGGUUAUGCAGGAAGUAUUCAUGAUGCAAGGGUUCUAUGCAUGAGUUCACUAGUGAAGGAAGUGGAAGAUGGGACAAUACUAGUAUCUGCCGAUACUCGUACUGGGACUGGUGAAGAAAUAAGGCCCCUUCUGGUAGCUGAUCCAAAGUGCAAACCUACUAAUUGGUGUAUGAAGCCCUAUCCUGAAAUAAGAGGAAUCACUCCUGGUAAAUGUAACUUUAACAAAGCACUAAGUAGGGCUAGGGUGGUUAUAGAGCAGGCAUUUGGAAUGUUGAAGGGGAGAUGGCAUUUUCUCCUAGUCAAACUUGACGAAUCAGUGGACAAGAUACCUCUGACUAUUAUAACCUGUUGUAUUUUGCAUAAUAUCUGCAUAGAAGUUUGCGAUGAUGUGGAUGUGGACCCCAAGGAUGAUGAUCCAGACGAGCUUCCCCCACUCCCAGGUCACAUGAAUUGCGAAGGUUCACAGCUAAGAGACAAGAUAGAGGAAGCCUUUUUCAGCAACUAAUGCAUAUUAAAUGAACAAAAUUAUUCAAAAGGAGCACCUUUAACCAUCAUUUCAUCAAAGAAAAUGUAGCCUCGGUGCUCAGAUAAAUCAACAAAAUUUUGACAAAAUGUUACUGAGUAAAAAAUUAUUUAACUUUUUUUAAAGUGAAGCCUUAAUCAGAAGUUUUGUUACU